AUGUUAACAUGGUAUUUCCCUUUUAAUUAUUUAGAUCACCCUGUUUGUAUCCGAUUAAUAAUGAACGAAGUAUAUCCGGACGACGAGAGUUUACAGACAGUUAAAUAUCUUGGCAAAAUAAGAACACAUUACGCUCAUGGAAUUGGAGUGGCUAUAGAGCCUGUCAAAAUUAUAUGGCGACGAUCAAAAAAAGGCACACGAUAUAAUCGCUGUGCAUUAUCGAUUCAUUCCUUUGGACUAUCAAAUGGCACCUAUAAAAGUAUCUGGUAUGAUCGGAUUGAAGAUAUUUCUUAUUGUGUCGCCGAACCAUCGUAUCGUAAAGUAUUUGCGUGGAUUGCUCGUGAUAUUCGAAUGGAUGAAUUAGACUGUCACGCAGUGGUAUGCAAAACAAGCAAAAAAUCAAAAUUGUUAGCUGAAUUAUUAGCUCGAGCAUUUCAAGACUCAUACAGACAUCGUCAAAUACUUGCAUCAUCGUUACCACCGGCCAUAUCGACUGUCGAAACGUCUGCGCGUAAUUCUGCACGAUGUUCUGUAUGCGAUACAAUUCGAAAUUGGCACGAGCAACGUGAAACACGUCAUUCAACGAAAAAUUUGGAUUAUGAACGUGUCUCAUCAAGACCAGUUUCACCUAUUGCACGAGCAAUUGUUCGAAAUUAUUCAAUAAGUAAUAAAAGUCUUGACGACAAUGAUGAUGAAGAUGAAUCGAUAAAACCUGUCGAAUAUUUUUCAAAUAGAGAAUACUAA